AGUCGGAUAUCAAGUCAGAUUUGAUGACUGYACAAGUGAUAAGACACGCAUCAAGUACAUGACGGAUGGGUGUUUGCUAAGAGAGUUUUUGGAYGACCCUGAUCUGAGUAGAUAUAGUGUGAUUAUUCUGGAUGAAGCMCAUGAAAGAAGUCUGGACACUGACAUAUUGUUUGGGCUUGUUAAGAAAUUCUUUAUCAAAAGACGAGAUAAAAGACCCAAAAUUGUUGUCAUGUCGGCAACUCUCAAUCAUCAAAAGUUUUCUGACUUCCUAGAAGGCUGUCCAGUCAUAGAAAUACCUGGAAAAGUCUUUCCAGUCAAGGAAGUGUUUUGCGAUUUUAUAGGGACAAAUGAUUUGCAAACUCCUAAUUAUCUAAAAAAGAUCGUAGAAACUGUUAUGACAAUCCACUUAGAGUACCCCCCAGGGGAUAUAUUGGUGUUUCUGACAGGCCAAGAAGAGAUAGAAACAUGUUGUGAUAGGUUAUUUAAUAAAGCAGAAGACAUUGACUAUGACCAUGAUGUAGAGAGUGAUGUUGUUGAUGCUAUUUUGAUAUUACCACUCUAUGGAUCCUUGACAACAGACUUACAAAGAAGAGUGUUUGAUCCUCCUGAUCCUUCCAUUCGUAAAGUUGUCAUAGCAACCAACAUUGCUGCCACAUCACUUACAAUUGAAGGGAUAAAGUAUGUUGUAGACAGUGGUUUUGUCAAACAGUUGUCAUUCAAUGCCAGGACAGGUCUAGAUUCACUGAAUGUAGUUCUUAUCUCCAGAUCAGAAGCCAUUCAAAGACGUGGAAGAGCAGGAAGAACUUCUAAAGGAACGUGUUUUCGUAUGUACACAAGGGAAGUGUAUGAAGAAUCCAUGGACCAAGAAACUACUCCAGAAAUCCAAAGAACAAGUCUGUCAAGGGUUGUACUACAUCUAAAAUGCAUGGGAAUCAAUGAUGUUGUUAGGUUUCAGUACAUUGAUCCACCAGAAGAAAGGAUGGUUUUAGAAGCUUUAAAACAGCUAUAUUAUUUUGAAGCGGUAGAUCGUAACGGUCACGUGACUACAUUAGGMCACCGCAUGGUUGAACUUCCUCUUGCACCAGGCCUCUCACGAGCUGUGAUUAACUCUGCUGAUACUGGCUGCGAUGACCUGGUUCUACCUGUUGCCGCUAUGCUGUCUGUCGAAAAUGUCUUUGCAAGCGGAGGUGGAAAGACAAAGUUUACUAAAGCAUCUCGCUUCCACAAAGAGAUUGCAGAGCUUGCUGGUGGCACAAAUGACUUCGCGACUUUGUUAUACAUUUAUAAGGAAUGCAAGGAAAGCCCAUCACCACCAAGAUGGUGUCGUGAAAGGUUUGUCCAUUGGAGAGCCGUGAAAAUGGCCUUCAGCAUUCACCAGCAGUUGAAAAACAUUAUUGAUAGACAGAAAACGAGAAGUUCAACAAGAAAAYAUUGGAGGACGAAAACUGAGGCAACAGGACGAGAGAGCCUUCGACAAGCUUUGUGUGCGGGUUAUUUCUGCAACGUUGCUCGAAGGAGUUCAUCUGGUUCAGGAUUCCGUACUAUGGAUGGGCAUGGUACUAUAGUCCACAUUCAUCCCUCAUCAACGCUCUUUGGAUGCGAGGAACAACUUGAUUGGAUAAUAUAUCAUGAUGUCAUCUGGACCUCGAAGAUAUACGUAAGGACAGUAUGUCCAAUUCGUUACGAAUGGGUCAAAGAAUUGCUUCCUAGACUUCACGAAGUGGACGCGUAUACGUUAUCAGGAUGGUCAGCGGACGACCGUGAGAAAAUAGUCAGCGAGUCAUCUUCUGCGGUGAAUGAUUGUGUGACACAAGGCGUUGGUCAUGACAAUGAGCAAGAAAGCAAGACUUCUUUAUCGCUCUCAAAAAGGAAUUCUGAAGGCAGCAUAGAGGMYGCAAAACAGCGGUAUCUAGAAAGAAAACGUGCGCGGACAAGCAAUGUAUGACAUCACGUUUGGUGGGUAAUUGACAUUUUCGAUAAAUGAGACUUGAAGURUUGUUUCAAUUCUAUUUAUAUAAAAGUUUCCAAAAAAAUUGU